AUGGACCAAGGUCGAAUUCGUAUGAUCGUGUACUACGAGCUGCUGCUGGACAAUGGCACGGGCAACGCGACCGCCAACAUCUGCAGAGCGUGCAAGGAGGACGCAGUGUCCCAACAGACAGCCAGGCGUUGGUUCAAUCGUUUCGAGAGCGGCGACACGAGCCGACUUGCUCCUGCUGAAGAUCAUGCUCUGCUGCUGGUGGGCCGCCAAGAACUGCUGUACUUCGAGCUGCUCCCGCAAGGCAGGACGGUCACCGCCUCCAUCUACACCGAUCAGCUCAAGAAAUUAGCCGCCGCCAUCCGAGAAAAGCGUCCCCGACGAGCCUCGGUCCACCUUCUGCACAACAGCGCGCGCCCCCACAUGGGGAAGGAGACCCAGCAGAAGUUAGCGACGCUCGGCUGGGAGACGGUUGUCUAUCCGCCGUAUUCCUCGGAACUCGCUCCCUCCGAUUACCACUUGCUCCGCCCGCUCAAGCACCGGUUGGCCGGAAGAAAAUUCAUUAACUACGACAACCUCAAAUCCGACUUCGCGGACUUGAUUGAGUCGCAGCCCCCGGAGUUCCGAGCGAAGGGCAUCGGCGACCUGCCCAAUCGAUGUGCCACUGUCGUGAAUACCUGUGGUGAUUAUAUUGUUGAUUAGACUAGUUUUUCAGUAAAGUUAAAACAAAAAUUAACAGGGUGAAAUUUUCGGACAAGAAUUAUUGGACAACCUGGUACUAGAAAACUUAUCCUUCUCUACAAUUUUUCUAUGAACUCAUAACUCGGCUCACAAUGUUUAAAAUUGGGUAGUAAGGGUUUUAAAGCUUUUCAGUGAAUCCUUUUUAAUUAAGCAACAUUUGGUACUCUCAAGAACCAUUAUGAAUCUACCAAUAUACUGAUUUUUCGCCCCUUGUAAACUGGAAACUUUAAAAAUUCAUUUCUAGACUCAAAAUGCUCAAAAUCAGGUGAAGUAAAGAGUUUUAAGCUUCUCAGAGGGUCCUUUUUCGUAUAAAACCAGCUGGUACCCUCAAGGACAAUUAGUGUUUUUGAACGGGUUCCAUCAAGAAAAACGCCAUCCUAAAAUGGGUCCCGACACGAUGAGAAAAGAGACAGUGUCUGGUUGGUGGAGAGCGCAGACAGGCCACCCCUCCAAGCGCCCUAAGCUGGCCGUGAAUAGGAUAAAAUCAAAUUCUAGAAAAUAUAUUUUUUGAAUCAGUACUUUUUAAUGAGGAAUCAUUACUAUCAAAAAAUUAAAAAGAGAACUCUGAUUUUUUUGAAAUUUUGGAAAGUUUCACUCAUAACUUGGGCCCCUACUCUAUGCUCUCUAUGAACCAGGCACUUUCUUUUUAUUAUCGUGUCAGGACCUUUUUCUUGAUAGCUUCAGCCAGCUGGAAUCAGUUCUACGUUUGAACUUAUUAAUGCUGCUUUUUAGUAGUUUUGAAAAAGUUUCCUGAAAGUUUGAAAAGUCGGAGAAAGUUUCAAACUUAAACUUGGAUAGAUUCUAUAAAAAUUAAGCCUUUUUUCAGAGGAUUUACACUUUUUCUUCAGAUUAACGGGUAAAGGCGUGAAACGGUUGCACGCCCACGGCCAUGGUGAUCAGUAUAUUCAUAUCAGGAUCGGAGUCCCAACGUGGGUUUUUAUCGAUUUUUCGAGAAAAGAAAGAUGGAAAGAGAUUUUUUUAAUUGGUUUUUUUAUUAAAAGAAUAUUUGAAACGUUGAUCUCUUCGGACUUGUUGCACAUUUUUCUUUUCCAGGCACAUCAAAAAAGAUCAAAAAGAGCUUAUGUUGGCCUGGGCCGCCCUGGAAAAGCCCAAAAGCGGUACCAUCAAAGGACUGGAAGCCUCGACGACGGAAAAACCGAAAAGUUUGCAUUUUCUCCCAUUUCGAAUCAAAAAUAAUACUUCUUGGACUCUUGUGUGUCUAAAAUAUUGAGUUUUAUACCAUAACAAAAAAAAAAUUAAUUUUAGGCGCACCAGAGUCCAAGGCGAGUGCUGAGAAAGCGGAAACCGUUGAAAAUGGCCAAGAAAAAGAGGAUCCCGGCAUUUUUUCCAAGCUCAAAAAAGCUGUUUUUGGCAAUUAGGUGACUUUUCAGACCUUUCAUUUUUUAAAAGAAUUAUUUUUUCAUUUCUUUUUCAGAAAAACUCGAAAGUCCGCCGGAGGUGAAAAAAAAUAAAGAGGCCGAGAAGAAAGAGGAGCCGCCGAUGAACCAAAAUGAUAAUGAAAAGAAACAAGCGUCUUCUUAG